AUGGCACCAAGACAGUCGAAAACUGCUAAAAGGAGCAAGGUUCAAAAUAAAACCCGUACAGUGGAAUCUGAAGUCGGUUCCGACUCAGCUGCAAGAAAUUUAUUGAUGUCUCAACCUAAGUUGACACCAAAAUCAAUUGUGAAGGCACCAUCUAAGGCAGCUGUCAAGAAACAACAAGCAAAAAUAAGAUUAUAUGGAGCACGUAGUGGUAAAGAAUAUAGGGAAGAUCAAUUAGAUAUCCCAGCUUUAAAUAAGGCGAUCACACCUGGAGUGAAAGCUAAGAAAGGGAAGAAAGGUAAAAAAUUUGUGGAAGAUAAUGAUGCAUUAACGUUGAACAGAUUAGUCAAGUCUAUCAAUGAUAAAUAUGACCAAGCCAAUGAAAGUAAAUUAGAGAAAUCCAGAAGACUAGAUGAAAUUAGAGAAUUAAAAAAGCAGGAGCUUGAAAGAAAGGAAGAACAGAAGGAGAAUAAAUUGGAAGGAAAGAAGAACGAGGUUAAAAGUAAGGCAUCACUUGCAAGAGCGAACAGAAGGAAAAGUGCUAAAUCACAGAAGAAUGAAGAGUCUAAGGCUGCCAGUAAUAAAGGUAAGAAGAGUGUUUCGUUCGCUUGA